CCGGAGAAGCGAGAGAGAUGGCGGAGGAUAAGGAAGCUACGACGAGUUCACUGAGUCAGGGACUCACUCCUCAUGACCCGGACGAUGCUCCGAAAUCUCCUCCGAACUCGCUUAAUUCUUCUACUCGCAAGGCUUGCUAUGCUGUUCUGCAGAGUUGGGUAUCCAAGAAGUUUAUGACUGGAUUUGUCGUCCUAUUCCCUGUAGUUGUUACGUUCCUCAUCACUUGGUGGUUCAUACAGUUUGUUGAUGGUUUCUUCAGUCCAAUAUAUGAGAGCCUUGGAGUCGACAUAUUUGGUCUUGGUUUCAUUACAUCUGUACUCUUCACUUUCUUUGUUGGGAUAUUUGCUUCGUCUUGGCUGGGUUCCACGGUUUUCUGGCUUGGAGAGCAGUUUAUAAGACGAAUGCCUUUUGUGAAGCACAUAUACUCAGCCUCUAAACAAAUUAGCACUGCGAUAUCCCCAGACCGAAACACCACUGCUUUUAAAGAGGUUGCAAUCAUCCGUCAUCCACGUCUUGGUGAAUACGCAUUUGGGUUUAUCACCUCAUCCGUGACACUUCAAACCAACAAUGGAGAAGAAGAGUUAUGCAGUGUAUACGUUCCGACGAAUCAUCUGUACAUCGGAGACGUCUUCCUCGUGAAUUCUGAAGAAAUCAUAAGACCGAAUUUAUCCAUCCGUGAAGGCAUAGAGAUAAUAGUGUCGGUAGGGAUGACGAUGCCGCAAGUGAUAUCUCAAGUGGAUAGGACUCCUCAUCAGAUGAACAGAUUAUGACCUCCUCUGGUACCCCCUUCCCUUAGUAAAAAU